GUCCCAUUUCUUCAGCCUCAGCUAUGAGAAUUGGCUUCGGGAGAACAUCUCUAAUGAGGAUCAAGGGGACUGGACGGGGGAUUGGGCGAGUUAUUUCAGCCUCAUAUCCUGGUACCUCUUGAAAUGCAGAAAUGAUAAUGUUUUCAAAGGAAAGAAGCUUUCUCCCUCAUCACUCCAGAACUAUGUCACUGCAAAGGCUAGAGAAUGGAGCAGGGCCUGGAGUGAGGGGCGAUUAGAAGCGAAUGCCCAUGUCCUACAUACAAGAACAGAAGCGUUGAUUUCCUAGAAAGCUCCAGCAACCGGGUGGGGGAAAAUGAAUACUGACGGGGCUGAUCAAGGCUGCCCGAGAAUCACCUCGGCCGGCGGAGCACUUCGUGAUCAUCAUGGUCGGUGGCUGGGUGGUUUUUGCAGCAAGAUGAGCAAUGGUACAACCAUCAUGGCUGAGCUCUGGGGGAUUCUUCAAGGGCUCCAAUUGGCGUGGAGGAAAGGAAUCCGAUUCCUCAUCCUUGAGUCGGAUUCACAACUUGCCUUGGAUUUGAUCAAGAACAGGACGGAUGCAGCUCACCCUCACUCCACUGGUUUGAUACGUCGUCUUCUGGGUCAAGACUGGGUGGUUCAGCUCGCUCAUACGUACCGGGAAGGGAAUAGAGUCGCAGACUGGCUCUCGAAGCACAGUCUCAUCUAUCCCUUUGACACGUAUGAGUUAGAUGAACCCCCAAGGGACUUAAAGAAAAUUCUGCAGGAAGACCUCUUGGAAGUGAGCUUCCCUCGACAGGUGUUGCAGAGGAUCAAUAGCGACAUUUGAUAUUUUGUUUUUGGGUCUUUGAUAGCUGUUUCACAAAGUAACCCGUGUGUGCUGUUUGUUUGGGUUUUCCCUGAAGUUGUUGGCCCUUUAGACCCACUGUAAUCCUGGCGUCUGCCUCCCCUUAAUAAAAUAAAAAAAAUCUAGAGUAGUAACUUUGAGAGCUAAGGGCAAAUUGGGUAGAAAAAAUAAAUAGAUACUAAUUAUCUCUUUAAUUAAUUAUAUUUUGAGAAGUUCUAAAUACAUAUUAAUUGAAUUUUUUUCUCUUUCAAAUCCCGCUCUCCCUCUUCUUCUCACUUUAACCGUACUCGGCCACCUCUCUACCUUCUUCUUCUCGAUUCUUCUAUUGUCUCUAUCCAGACCAACCAAUACCACUAAAAAAAAACGAAACCAGAGAUCAUAGCAACAACUAGGACCAUGAGAAAAGUCAUUGUCCCUCGACACCUUUAACGCGUCGAACUUCCUUCUCUUCCCAUCCCACUUCAUGGUACACAAUGUACAUAAUCAAACUUGCCGAUUUGAUUCUGGAAACCAAAAUAAUCAGAGUAGUGUACUCAAGCUUACAAGUCAAGGAUAUAUUUGGGGACAAAUCCUUUUUUUUUUCAUAAAAUAAUUAUAUCUCUCCAAUGCAAUUUAACCAUCUUGUACAGUUAAAAAUGUCUACUGGCUCGGAUUCUGGCGGGCAAAUUUUCAGGUCGGAUCACAGAUUGGUUAUGUUUUCACAAACUCUAAAGUCUACGUAUCACAUUGCCUAGUAUUCGUCAAGGUGAUUCAAUAUAAUGAUUAGAAAAAAAUGGUGUGCCGACUAUGUAAAGCAAGAAUCUGUGUAAGGGUGUGUUUGAAUAGAAUGAUUUUGGAUUUUGGGAUUUGGAUUUCCAAAUACUAACGGGCCGCUUGGAUGCAUCAUUUUGGUUAUGUGGUAUUUCACAUCAAAAUGAUGCAUUAUUUUUCUAUGUGACAUUUUAUUUAGUAUUUCAGUUUGGAAUGUGGUAGUUUGGCCAAUUGUUUUGUUUGGAUAAAACAUUCAAAUAUUGUGUUAUUUCACCAAUUAGAGAAGGGGUGGAGUAAAAAAGAGAAGAGAGUUGAGUUAUUUGAAAUGACUAGUGGGUGGGUAGGUAUUUCCAAUAACUCACAAUGAGUUAUUUCAAUUGUCUUAUAGACAAAAUACCACAUUUCAUUUUAUUUUUGUCAAACGAGUUAUUUCGGCUGAUAAUCUUACAUCUAUAUAACACAUUUGAUUUCAACUGCGUAAAUUAUAAACAUAGUUCCACUCAUGUAAUUUGAAUGUAUUAUAGGUAAUAGUAUUAGAGUAAAUUUAUAUAAAACUGACACAAUGAAUAUUAACAUUUUAU